UGAAGCCCACUUGUCGGUUGAAGCAACAUCCAACCCAAAAUAAGUUUCAAAGUCUAUGAUAUCUUUAUCUUCUUUUCUAUCUUAUAUUCUUAUGGUGAAGAGAGUAAAGCGAGUCAAACAUAAAGAGUGUGAAUUGUCAAGUGUAGUGUGAGUGGCAGUGUUGAAGGUGAGGCAAAGUGUGUGUGUAUGCGGGAUUAUUCUAAUAAAGAAAGAUCCCAUCUUUAUAAGGGGGGAGAAGAAGAGCAUCAAGGAUCAGGAAGCAAUGGAGAAAAGCAGUAUCCCAAUACUUGAUCUGCAAAACUUUCCAGGAAAAUACGAUAAACUAUUGAGGGAGGUAUGCGAGGAAUGGGGUUGUUUCAGGUUAGUGAAUCACAACAUACCCAUCUCACUAAUGUCAGAGAUGAAGGCAGUGGUGAGGUCUCUGUUCGACCUUCCCACUGAAAUCAAGCAACGCAAUAUCCCUGCCAUAGUCAGCAGUGGCUAUAUCGGACUCAGCAAAGGAAACCCUCUUUACGAGGCAUUGGGGCUCUUUGACAUAGGCUCCUCACAAGCGAUGCAAAACUUUUGCUCUCAGCUUGAUGUCUCUGAUCAUCAAAGGAAGGUAUUAGAGUCUUAUGCUCUGUUGGUGAAUGAUCUGGCUAUGGAAAUAUUAGAAAAGUUGGCUAAACUUAUGGGGGUGAAUGGUGGCUUGUUUGAGGGGUGGCCGAUGAUGUUCAGGAUGAACAGGUACCACUUCAGCCUUGAAACUGUAGGCUCUUUGGGGGUGCAGAUGCACUCGGAUUCAGUAUUCUUAACCAUUCUUCAGGAUGAUGAAAAUGUGGGAGGUCUUGAAGUGAUGAACAAAUCUGGUGAAUUUGUUCCUGUUGAUCCAUUGCCAGGAACCCUUGUUGUUAAUUUUGGAGAUAUUGCUACUGCUUGGAGCAAUGGGAGAUUAUGCAAUGUGAAGCACAGAGUGAAAUGCAAUGAAGCCACAAUUAGGUUUUCUAUUGCUUCAUUCCUCCUGGGACCAAGAGAUGGACCAGUGGAAGCACCGCCGGAGCUGGUGGACGAUCAGCAUCCUCGUCUCUAUGUUCCAUUCACCUGGGAAGAUUAUAGGAAGCUCCGAUUCACGGAUAAAUUUAAAACCAGUGACAGCCUUCCUGAUAUGCUUAUUAAUCCCAAAAGUGAAUGAGCAGUUAGUUCUGUAAUCCAAAAUGGUGAAGCUCUGCAGUUGCUUUACUAUUAGAAUAAAACUUACAGUAUUUACGUUCACAAUCAGAGAUCACUGAUGUAUUCAGUUA